UUCUUCAGUUUGCAGUUUCAGCAGUCAACAGUGAAGCAAUAUACGGAGUACCGAGUACGUCAACUUCAAUGAAUUAUUGUGUGUUUCCAAAGUUCAAUUUUUAAGUUAGUGUUUUGUAUGUGCGUGAAAUAACUCAAUUACUAGAAAUUGUCAAUAAUCAACUUAUUAGUUCAUGAGAAAUUGAUGAGUGUCUUUAGAUCGUUUCGAUACGUGCUAUGAUAAUUAUUUGUCAGGUUAUGUCCGUUUGUAGUUCCUUAUAGCGUACCAGUUCAUCAUGUCAGAUGAAGAGUCUUCUGUGCGAGUUGCAGUUAGGAUUCGACCGCAGGUUGCGCGGGAGCUGAUCGACAAAUGCCGCGUGUGCACGUCGGUGACGGCCGGCGAGCCGCAGGUCACCCUGGGCUCGGACCGCUCGUUCACCUACGACCACGUGUUCGACAUGCAUCACGACCAGCAAGCCGUCUACGAGUCGUGCGCCCAAGCUCUCGUCAACGGCUCGCUGCAGGGAUACAACGCAACGCUGCUCGCCUACGGACAGACUGGUUCUGGGAAGACGUACACGAUGGGAACAGGGUUCGAUGUGUCGGUGAACGAGGAGCAGGUCGGCAUCAUUCCAAGGGCCAUCAACCAAAUAUUCUCCGGCAUAAAUGAGCUGAGCUUGAAGGCAAAAGAAGCCGGCGAAACGCCUCCCCAGUUCAAAGUGGCUGCUCAAUUUCUUGAACUCUACAAUGAGGAAAUCAUCGAUCUUUUUGACCCGGCGCAAGACUACACCAAAGGUAAGACGGGCAUUAGGAUCCACGAGGACUCGUCGCACUCGAUCUACGUGACAGGCAUCACGUCUCGCACGGUGCACUCGGCCGAGGAGGCGUUGGCGUGCCUGCGUCAGGGCGCCCUGUCACGCACCACCGCCUCCACACACAUGAACUCCCAGUCCUCACGCAGCCACGCCAUAUUCACGCUGCACAUACGGCAGCAGCGCAUCGCAAAGGUGGAAGCGGACGAGACAGAGGACGACAAUGACGUGAUCAGCAGCAGUGGUCGCUCCACGAUGGAGUCGAGCUGCGACAGUUCGCAGCAGGAGUUUGUGACGCUGAGCGCCAAGUUCCACUUUGUCGACCUGGCCGGGUCGGAGCGACUGAAGCGGACCGGUGCGACCGGCGACCGUGCCAAGGAGGGCAUCUCCAUAAACUGCGGCCUACUGGCGCUGGGCAACGUCAUCUCGGCCCUCGGUGACAAGACCAAGCGGGCGCUGCAUGUGCCUUACAGAGACUCCAAGCUCACGCGAUUGCUGCAAGACUCGCUUGGAGGUAACAGUCGGACUGUGAUGAUAGCGUGUGUAUCUCCAAGUGAUAGAGAUUUUAUGGAGACACUAACACUUUACAAUAUGCAAAUAGAGCAAGAAAUAUACAAAACAAGCGGCAUAAUAGCGACUAAAUGGGAGGUGGUGGGGAAUCGAGGGACUUUGACAGAGCGUUUCCCUCUCCACCAGCCGCCAAGAUCAGAACCGUCCGUUUACACGUGGCCCACCAUAUACGGUAAGACGGGCAUCAGGAUCCACGAGGACUCGUCGCACUCGAUCUACGUGACAGGCAUCACGUCUCGCACGGUGCACUCGGCCGAGGAGGCGUUGGCGUGCCUGCGUCAGGGCGCCCUGUCACGCACCACCGCCUCCACACACAUGAACUCCCAGUCCUCACGCAGCCACGCCAUAUUCACGCUGCACAUACGGCAGCAGCGCAUCGCAAAGGUGGAAGCGGACGAGACAGAGGACGACAAUGACGUGAUUAGCAGCAGCGGUCGCUCCACGAUGGAGUCGAGCUGCGACAGUUCGCAGCAGGAGUUCGUGACGCUGAGCGCCAAGUUCCACUUUGUCGACCUGGCCGGGUCGGAGCGACUGAAGCGGACCGGUGCGACCGGCGACCGUGCCAAGGAGGGCAUCUCCAUAAACUGCGGCCUACUGGCGCUGGGCAACGUCAUCUCGGCCCUCGGUGACAAGACCAAGCGGGCGCUGCAUGUGCCUUACAGAGACUCCAAGCUCACGCGAUUGCUGCAAGACUCGCUUGGAGGUAACAGUCGGACUGUGAUGAUAGCGUGUGUAUCUCCAAGUGAUAGAGAUUUUAUGGAGACACUCAACACUUUACAAUAUGCAAAUAGAGCAAGAAAUAUACAAAACAAGGUGAUAUUAAAUCAAGAUAAGUCUUCCAGAACAAUAUCGCUUCUAAGGCAUGAGAUUCAAAAACUACAGGUGGAACUCAUGGAAUAUAAACAGGGUAAGAGAAUCGUAGGAGAAGAUGGUAUGGAGGCAGUGAACGAUAUGUUCCACGAAAACACCAUGCUUCAAAAUGAACUGAGUAAUUUUAGGGCACGAAUGAAAGCAAUGCAGGAAACUAUAGAUGCGCUCACUAUGGAAAACACCCGCCUUCUCGCUGAAAAAGCAACUGGUGCCUGGCUCAAUUCAGAGCAAGGAAAUGAAGGCGACAUGACUGAAAUGGUUCAAAAGUACCUGAGUGAAAUCGUUGAACUGAGAGCUAAGUUGUUAGAGUCCGAAGCAAUGUGUCAGCAGCUUAGGAAGCAUCCUCCUGCUAUGGCCAGACGAGCGUCGCUGUUGCAGCAGUCAGUGUUCGAGGGCGGAGACAGCAGCAGCACGCAGAACAUCGACUCGCUGCUAGAGCAGGCAAAGCGGGAGGUGGAGAAAGAGAGGGAGGCGCUAGUAGCCCGUGGCAAGGAGGCGCUGACGUCAUCCACCGACAGCAAGAAGUCGGACUCUGAUGGAUCCGACUCGGAGUCGGACAGCGACUCUGAGUCGGACAGUGUGGGCAAGGACGAAGAGUACACGGCCGAGUUGGCCGAGCUCACCUCCAACAUCAACGUCAAGCAGAAACUGAUCGAGGAGCUGGAGAAGUCGCAGAAGCGGCUGCACAGCUUGAAGCAGCACUACGAGGACAAGCUGCUGCAGCUGCAGGCCAGGAUAAGGGCCACCGAGGAGGAGCGUGACACCGUUCUCGCCUCUUUCAGUGGACAAAACAAUCAGCCGACAGAAAAGGUGCGCAGAGUCCGUGAGGAAUAUGAGAAGAAACUGAAUAAUAUGCAGAAGGAAGUGAGAUCAUUGCAGACUGCCAAGAAGGAGCAUGCCAAAAUGCUCAGGCAUCAGUCUCAGUAUGAGAGCCAAAUCCGACAAUUGAAGAAUGAAGUCAGUGAAAUGAAAAGGAUAAAGGUGAAAUUGAUAAACAAAAUGAAGGAAGAAACAGCCAAACAUAAGGAGACUGAGUCUAGGAGGACAAGAGAAAUUGCUCAACUUCGAAAGGAGAGGAGAAAGCAUGAAAAUGUUAUCCGUUCCCUUGAAGCUGAGAAGCGUGCCAAAGAUGUUGUCUUGAAGAGAAAACAGGAAGAGGUUUCGGCGCUGCGAAGGGUGGCGCACCACGGGAAACUCAGCAACCGGGCGGCGGGGAGAGUGCGCUCCACCAAGAUGGCCGCUUCAUCACCAAAGAUCGCCAAGCAGAAGUGGACGGCGCUCGAGAAGAACAUCUCCACCAACACACUCAACAAACAGUCCAUUGUCGCCUUGGAGAGAGAUAUGGAAAGACUGAUUAACGAACGAAAAGCUCGUCAUUUAGAACUAGAAAGUAAAUUACGAAGGCUGAACGAUCUCCAGGUUUCCCAUCCCCGGGAAUAUCAGCUCCACGCCGAUCUGGAGGAAGAAAUAGAAUCUCUAAGAGCAAACCUACAAUACAUCCAAGAGAGCAUUCAGGAUUCACAGCAGAACAUAUUGCAGGUCGAAGAAUCCAAGAAUGUUUACGAUGAAGCGGAGCUUGUGUCUGGAAUAAACGAUUUAGCUGAAGCAUCGUAUAUCAUUGGAAAGUUGUACAACAUCGCUCUACACCACAGCUGUUCCGCCGCCCAGAAAGAUGCCGUUCAUUCAGAACUUCAAGCCAAAUAUCAGCAGCUGGAAAGGGAAGCUGAAACGCAAAGAACGCUGUUGGAGCACAUUGUAGGAAAGCAGGGAGAUCUGCUAACAGGAUCCGUUCAAGUCGAAAGCACUCCUUCGUCAGAUUCUUCCAGGUCUAACUCUCCAACCGCCGCCGAUACUAUCAAUGGCAACGGCUUUGGUAUGACUGGCAGCAUGACUGGUAGCAUGACUGGUAGCAUGACGAGGUCGCAGGAAGGAGGCACCAAGUACCGGAAGCACACAGCCAUGGCAGAGGAGAUGCUGUAUGCGAACAGCGGGGGUGGCCUCAAGCAACACCCCACAUCGGCCCCCCUCACCCUCCUGCCCCCCGAACUCAUGCCUCCGCCCACCCGUGCGCUGACCCGUGUGCCCAGUGCUCCAACCUCUCUCAAGAACCUGAGCGUCCGCCAACAGGAGCCUCCCACCUCACCGUCGCCGGUGCUCGCUCGCAAGACUGCCGCCUUCGGUCGCCAGGACUCCACCUCUCCGCGCAUGAUGCGCCGCGCCACCUAUAUCCUCCCCAACAAUCCCCUCUCCGGGAAACAUGGCUCCAUGGAACAAGGGCUUGACGUGAGUCCCCCCAACUCCCCUCCCGUGUACCGUCGCACCACCUCUCGUGAGGAGAAUGUGUUCUCACGCCUCACGUCUGGCACCACCCAGGGCAGCGACCACCACACCGGCAAUGGCGUCAUCACACACUACCAGGGAAAGGUGAGUGUGAAGGCUCCGCUGAUCUGCAGCCAAGUGGCGGAGGGACAUUCGCGUGCGGUGGUGGCAGUAGAGGCGACAGACGAACUCCUGUUCAGUGCAUCGCGCGACCGCACGGUCAAAGUGUGGGACCUGGGCGAGGGCAAGGAGCUCCACACGCUUGCCGGCCACCCGAACACAGUUGUCGCCGUCAAGUACGACGCAGACACGCAGCUGCUUUACUGCGCGUCGUCCGCCUACAUUCGCGUCUGGGAUCUCCGCGCGGCCAACUGUGUUCGAACGCUCAGGUACAUAGAAAUCCUUGAAAAGUACAGGUGGCCAUGUCACAUUUAUGGAUUACAACUUGUUAACCUCAUCACAAUGAUAAUGGCUGCUACUACAGCCAAAGUGAAGAUGGGAAAUAGGCUGAGCAGCAGCUUUCAUUUUAAUGCUGGUGUAAAGCAGGGUGAUGGGCUCUCAGCAGUACUGUUCGACAUUGCUCUCCAGAAAGCUAUUGAAAGGGUGGAUCAGAGAGGUACCAUAUUCAACAAGAUGCAUCAAUACGCUUCAUUAAGGCAGAUGUUUUACAGCGCCGCUGGUGAUAAAGUUCGAGUCUGGGAUAUUAGAAGGUUUUCUGUGAUAGGCAAGCUGAGUGGCGGGCACCAGGCUCCGGUGAUGUGCAUCGCUGUCGGCGAGACCAGUGUCGAUGAGGACAUCGUCGUCACUGGAUCCAAAGAUCAUUACAUCAAGGUAUUUGAUGUGGCGCAUAACGCUGGUGGGGUGUUCUCUCCGAGAGCGAACCUGGAGCCGCCCCACUACGACGGAAUCCAGUCGCUGGCGAUACGAGGCGACAUCCUCUUCUCUGGCUCUCGCGACUCCAUCAUCAAAAAGUGGGAUCUUGAGAAACAAGAAAUGAUCACGUCGGUGAGCAACGCGCACAAGGACUGGGUGUGUGGACUGGCGUUCGUCCCUGAUCAGCCACUGCUGCUGUCCGUGUGCCGCGGAGGCAUCCUCAAGCUGUGGUCGGCCGACUCCUGCUCGCUGCUCGGCGAGAUGAAGGCCCACGACUCGCCCAUCAACGCCAUCACCACCAACACGCAUCACGUCUUCACCGCAUCCAAUUGUGGGGAUGUGAAGAUUUGGCGCCUUCCUCACGGAUCUUCGAUAAUGACCAUGUCCACUGGAAGGGUCUUCGAACUCUCUGUCUAACCCAAUUUCUUCAGCUAUCUUUCUCAAUCUACAUGUUUCUACGACAUUAUUGUAGCAGUAAUUAGUAGUAUUGAUGAUUAGAAAUUAUACUUUAAUAAUACUAUUGAUGAAAUCAAAGUUUAUUGUUUAACAACUAAAAAUGCUAAAUCAAAAUCACUAACUGUACAUUUAAGAGUAAACUGUUCAUCUGAAGGCUAUGUUAAGAAAUCGAUUUGAAAAGAAUUAAAAAUAAGAAGAUUAAAAAAACGUCACUGAAUAAAUUCAAUAUGAGAAAAGUAUGUUUGUGCUUUUGUUGUUAAAAAAGUAACUGCUCUAAAUUGCAUAAUGGAUCUGAAAAUGAUUGGAAAUUCAAUAGGACGUUGAUAAAAUAAUUACGAAAUCAGAUCAUAUUAUCUAAAAAGUAGUAAUCUAAGAGAAAAUUAUGGCGGUACUUAUCAGAUAAUUUGAAGUUUAGUAUUGUUACUACAAGUCAAUUUGUGAAUCAAAACUUGAACCAUAUCUAACACUGGGCAAGCUACAGUAAUAUACUUAUAUAGAUACAGUAUUAAUAAUUUAUUAAUCUGAUUUCUAAGUUUGGAAUGUUAUUUUUCAUAAUAGGAGUUAAUAAUAAUAUUCGUAUGACUUUUAUUGGUGGGGAGUUCCUGACGGAAGUUCCACCUCGCCUGAAUAUAUAACUUUUAAGCCGUCAAUGGGCCUUACGACUGUUAUACUAC